UUUUAGUGCACGCAUCCUCAAACAAGCCACGCGAGUUUGUUCUUCGGCAACUCUGGCACACUGCAUUUAAUUGCGUCCCCGCUGCGUUCACUAUUCAAGCCCGCGACAGUACCCUUUUGGACGUCUGUACCUGGAUCAUUUGGGCUGCAAUUGCCUGUGUUGGGAGCCUGUCUUGUAUUGUUAGACCUGCAAACAACCCGUUGCCAUUGUGCUUUUGCAUACCGCUCUACAUCUUGUAAUACAGCAGCAUCUUCGCAAGCCUAGCGACCACCCUGCAACCGGUUGCAACUUCACCUUCUGCAGUACAUAUUUCGCCGUCCGGUCCAACGAGUCCCGGACGCAAUAAUACACCUUCACCACGGCGGUUCUAUCUCACAGCGCGCGGGACAGCUUCAGUCUGCCCCCGCAUCUUCUCGGUAUGCAGCAACACGAGGGCGCCCCCAACGCUCCUAGCGGGCCCCGUCUCCAGUCAAGCUUCCACAGGCAGAUGAACGGCGGUGGCCACCACGGCUUUUCCCACGGCGCCUUUGCGACCAACCAGCCCGGCUAUGGCGACCGACACCCGGAGAGGGCAAACAACAUGUCCAUCAAUACUGGAAGACUUAAUCCGGGCAACCAGAACGGCAACGACUUGCAAACCCCAGGCACCGGCUUCGACAUGAACUUCACUCCUCUGCUUCCGUCCCAGCUGCUUCUUGGUAGCCCCUUCCAGCCAGGCUCGCCCUCCGCUUUCGCUUCCCCGCAGUUCCAGAACUUUGCACAGUUCGCCGGUCAGAACCAAUCGCAGCAGCAGAACCACCAGUCCAACCAUGUUGGCAGCCCCUUGCAGCAGCCCCUCUCACCGCAGCUUUACCAGAACAUGGUGUCUCCCACCAGCGGUUUCUUCGGUGGUCCGCAGUCGCCUACCGGAGGUUUCCCUGGUUACGGCGCGCAGGGUCUUGGUGGACUUGGCUCCUCCAUGCCGAUCGCGCCUGGUCUCGUCUCCGGAACUAGCAGGACCGUAUACUUGGGCAACAUUCCUCCUGAGACUUCCGCAGAGGAGAUCCUUGGCCACGUACGCAGUGGCCAAAUCGAGUCCGUCAGGCUUCUGCCAGACAAGAACUGCGCAUUCAUCUCCUUCCUCGACAGCAGCUCCGCCACCCACUUCCACUCUGACGCAAUCCUCAAAAAGCUAUCAAUCAGAGGCCAGGAUAUUAAGAUUGGAUGGGGAAAACCGUCGCAGGUUCCCACAUCUGUGGCCUUGGCAGUACAGCAGUCAGGCGCUUCCCGCAACGUAUACCUGGGCAACUUGUCCGAGGAUGUUUCCGAGGAUGAACUUCGCGAAGACCUCAGCAAAUUUGGCCCAAUCGACACUGUCAAGAUCGUCCGGGAGAAGGCUAUCGGUUUCGUUCACUUUUUGUCAAUUGGCAAUGCCAUCAAGGCUGUUUCUCAGCUUCCCCAAGAGCCCAAGUGGCAGGCUCCCAGGCGCGUCUACUAUGGCAAGGACCGAUGCGCAUACGUUUCCAAGACCCAGCAACAGAACGCUGCGCAAUACCUUGGCAUCGCUCCCGGAUACGCCCAUGUUCUGAACGGUGCCGACCGCGAUAUGAUCUCCAAUGCGCUUGCUCAGCAAUCCGUAGCUGCUGCCGCUGUCGCGACGUCUGCUGGAGGAGUCAAUAACUUGGGUAACCGAACAGUGUACCUUGGGAACAUCCACCCGGAGACUACCAUCGAAGAGAUCUGCAACGUUGUUCGUGGUGGUCUCCUUCAUCACAUUAGGUACAUCCCGGACAAGCAUAUCUGCUUCGUUACUUUCAUCGACCCAACAUCGGCCGCAUCGUUUUAUGCCCUCAGCAACCUGCAGGGACUGAUGAUCCAUAACCGUCGCUUGAAGAUUGGUUGGGGUAAACACUCUGGUGCUCUCCCCCCGGCGAUUGCCCUUGCUGUCAGUGGUGGUGCUUCCCGUAAUGUAUACAUUGGCAACCUGGAUGAGUCCUGGACAGAGGACCGUCUGAGGCAGGAUUUCUCCGAGUAUGGCGAAAUCGAGCUGGUCAACACUCUGCGUGAGAAGAGCUGUGCAUUUGUCAACUUCACCAACAUUGCCAAUGCUAUCAAGGCAAUCGAAGCGAUCCGUGGUCGCGAUGAAUACAAGCGAUUCAAGGUCAACUUCGGAAAGGACCGAUGCGGUAACCCUCCCCGCCAGAUGAACAGCCAGCAGGCUCAGGCCCAGCAAGCUGGUAGCGACGGCCUUCAGUCACCAUCGCCGAUCAACGGACUACACCCUAAUCGUGCUGGUGCCUCAGUCUCGCCGACUGGCUCUGGCGCCCCAGGCUCUGGCCAAAGCACUAACGGACAGUUUCCCUCUGUUCAAGCACCUGCUUCAGGUAACAUCAUGAACUCUGGCAACAACAAUCCCCUCAUGAUGUACCUGCAAGCUCAGCAACAGCAGCAGCAGCAACAACAGGUUGAGGCCAGCAUGCAACAGCAACAGCAGCAAAAUCAGCAGCAACAGCAGCAGCAAUCGUUCCAGUCGCCGCAAGCUGCAUUCUACGGCGCUGACUUGAACACCCCUCAGCCACACCACUCUCACAGCUCCCAUCAGAGCACCUCGAGCUUCAGCCUGAUUAACGGUACCUCAGCCGGUGGCUCUGGUACUACUACUGUUGGUGGUCUCCUUGCGCCCUCGAACCUCAACUCUCGUGGUCAACACUCCCGUGCCGUCAGCCUUCCUGCUUUCACUCAAGGUCCCUUCAACCACUCUAUGCAGCAAACUCAAGCACCCCAGCAGGGUUCCUUUGGCAGCCUGAGCUCCGGCAUCGGUGGCUUUGGCAGUGGUAACGGUGGUUACGGUCUUGCCAUCCAGGGUGACGGUGGUCUUCCUGGCUGGGCCGAAGAGGAGGUCGGUGCGCAGUAAGCGUAUCGUAGAUGUUGUGUAUCUUCUUCAUUGUCCGAUACUUUCCACUCAUCUACUGGUUGGUUGUUACUACUACCUUCAUCUUCGCACAAAUUUUCUUUUGCAUAUGUCCGGUCUGGGGUUUAUGGCGCGCAGCUGAUCCAGCUUUAGGGAUCGAUUCUCAACUAUGUGUUGUAAUCUGAAUGUGCGCGAAACGUUGCCUUAAUACUUGACCUUACCACCUUCGCUUUCUUCUCUUUCUUC